AUGGCUGAUGCAUUUGAUGAGUUGACUCGUCAGUACCUGAAGCGUCACUAUGAUAUAUUUGAUCGAGACAAAAUUGGACGUGUACCUCUUAGUGAACUUGUCACACUUGUGAGGAUUUGUGGUGGUACACCAACGGAAGCGGAAAUAGAACCUUUAAAAGCUGAAGCUGAUCAAGAUGGACGUGGUUCGAUGAAUUUUGAUGGUUUUUGUCGUGCUAUGAUGUCUGCUUUUAAAAAUAUGAGGACAGCAAGAAAACUUAAGGAGGCGUUUCAAGGGAUAGAUCCAGAAGGAAAAGGGCUACUUUCUCAGCAUGAACUUCGUUACUUUUUAACUACACAAGGGGAUUGCCUAACCACUGAGGAAAUGAACGAGUUUGUAGAGGAAAUGAGGACUGAGAUGGAUAUGGAAGGUAAUUUUGUGUAUUCAGACAUGGUGUAUAAAAUGACCCCUGAAAUGUUUCGUUAA